AACUUUAAAAAUGGCAGUUGUGUUCUGGACCUCUCCAAGUGUCUUUUCAUUCAGGGAAAACUGUUGUUUGCCAAGCCCAAGGAUGCGGGCUUUCCAUUUAGCCAGGAUAUCAAUAGCCAUUUGGCCAGCCUCUCAAUGGCUAGAAACACGGGCCCCACUCCAGACCCCACUGUUAGAGAGGCUUUGUGUGCCCCGGAUAACUUAAAUGCGAGUAUUGAAAGUCAGGGCCAGAUUAAGAUGUACAUCAAUGAAGUGUGUCGGGAGACUGUGUCACAUUGCUGCAACUCAUUUCUGCAGCAGGCCGGAUUAAAUUUGUUAAUAAGCAUGACAGUUAUUAAUAACAUGCUUGCCAAGUCCGUUUCAGACUUGAAGUUUCCUUUGAUAUCAGAGGGAAGUGGAUGUGCUAAGGUUCAGGUUUUGAAACCGCUGAUGGGUUUGUCUGAAAAGCCAGUCUUGGCGGGGGAGUUAGUCAGUGCCCAGAUGCUCUUCUCAUUCAUGUCCCUCUUUAUCAGAAAUGGAAACAGAGAGAUUCUCCUGGAAACCCCUGCCCCAUAAACGGCCCUCUAGAACACAGUGGGACGGAAUCCACCCACAACGCGCUUGGUUUGCAGAUGUCAAAGAAUCUGCAGAGGGUGCUACUGAAGAUCCAGCCUCAGCCAAUCACCACCUCAUUGGGUGAAAGUUCCAGGGCUCAAUCCAGGACCACACUCUUAUUGGCCAGGCAAUAAGGGGCUCCCACAGAGCUUUGAGUAACUUCUUGGUUGUGCAGUCUGCAGGCAAUGUUGGCAUUGUAAAUUCCUCCCUUGCAGCCUCCUUCAUGUGGUGAGGGGAUCACUUCAGCUGCCUGCUGUGGACAAAGAACAUCAAAUUACAGCAUCACGAGUGCUAUUGUUGCCUGUGGUGGUCUCCCUGUCCAAGCGGGACCGCUUUGCAGAGACCAGACGCAUAUCGCAGCUUGAGCUGAAAAUGCAUUUGUUGCAGCUUAGGUUGAAUUACUUUUCGUUUACUCUUUCUUCUACAGGCGCCUGAUGGAUAGUGAACCUAUUCAUCAAAAAGGUGCACUGCUCUUCUGUCUAUUGUACCGACUUAACCUCUUCCACCCAAGUCCGCAUCUGUGUGUAUCAUCAAUAAAGUUGUGUGCUUUGAUUGGCAGAAAA